UUUCGCAGCGUAUGCGCCAGCGCAACGCCUGUAUCACGCCUUAGCGAACCUCCUCAGUCGCUAUUUACACGCCGCGCCGGCUAAACGUGUCCCUUUCACUUUUCAAAUUUCGAAUCUAAAAAAGUACCGCGAGUGCAUUUUGUUUUUUGAAUAUUUUCUUCACAGCGGAGAAAAGCAAAGGUAUCAAAUAAAGCAGAGCCAACAAUAAAAUGCGGGAGGACCUCUCAUGACAUCGGGAUUGUGAUUCAAGUAGACAAGAAAAACACCAUGGCGGCUUCAAACAACUCCUUCGCCAAGACAUACCAUCGCUUAUUCGUAGAGUUAGCUGAUCCCCGUACCAAUGAUUGGUUCCUGAUCAGGAAUCCGUUACCAGGCCUGACAAUUAUCGGGCUGUACUUAUACUUCGUGCUAAAAUGGGGCCCCCGGUAUAUGGCCGACAAGAAGCCCUUCCAACUACAGAAGACGUUGGUCGUAUACAAUUUCAUUCAAGUUCUAGUCAGUUGCUGGUUGUUUUAUGAGGGCCUAGACGCAGGUUGGUUAAGACAUUACAGCUGGAAAUGUCAGCCGGUAGACUUCUCAACAAAUCCUGAGGCUAUGAGGGUAGCCCGAGGCGUCUACAUCUACUUCUUGGCGAAGAUAUCAGAACUUCUCGACACAGUAUUUUUCGUCAUCAGGAAGAAGGAAAGGCAAAUUACUUUUCUUCACAUGUAUCACCAUACUGUGAUGCCUAUGAUCUCUUGGGGGGCUACUAAGUACUACCCUGGAGGUCAUGGAACCUUGAUUGGUGUUAUCAACUCCUUUGUCCAUAUCAUCAUGUAUACCUACUACAUGUUGGCUGCCAUGGGUCCUCAGUACCAAAGGUUCCUGUUCUGGAAGAGGCAUAUUACAACUUUGCAAAUGCUCCAGUUCUGCAUUGCUUUCCUCCACUCCUCUCAACUCUUGUUCUACGAUUGCGGCUACCCUCGCUGGUCCGUCGUCUUUACUCUUCCCAACUCAAUCUUCUUCUACUAUCUCUUCUACGACUUCUACUACAAAGCCUAUGGCAAGCCGGUGGACAAGAGAAAGUUGAACGCCGAAGUCAACUCUAAGAAAAAACUAGAAAAUGGUCACACGAAGUCGAAUGGAGUCCAAAACGGACAUGUGGUAGAAGAAAAGAAAGUGAAGUAAAAAAGAAAAUAGUGAAAUAUAUGUCAAUGUAAUUGAAGGUAUAUAAAAACGGCAUGUGCAAAUGGCGAUACAGACAGUUAACACAACCAUUUUUAACUAGUUAACGUAGAGCUUAGACAUAAGAGAGUAGUUGAUUCGUUUGAAGUUUAAUGAUUUCAAUCAAAUACAACUACUGCUCUUAGAAAUAAUAAAGCUGAUGUGAUUCUUAUAGAAUCUCACCUCGAUUAUAUAAUUUAGGUGAUAUCGCUAUACCCAAAAGUAAUAUAAGAUAAUAAAUAAAAUUGUUUAAUAAAAGUCCGAUUCCGGUUUGUACAACAGUUACAAUAAAGUUUUCUGUGUUUGAAAUUUUACUUUGUCAUACAGACCGUUAAUUUUAUUUUGUCUUUGACAAAAAUUGUAAGUAAUUUUAUUACAUGGUUAUGAAAGUUUAUUAUUUAGAAUAAUGUUUUAGUGUUUGUAUACCAUUAUUUAUGUUUUAAACAAGGUUAACAGUGUAUAUAAGUAGAUGUACUUAUAAAUAUAUUAGGAGUACAAUAUUAAUAACGAAAAAGCUCAAUUAUUAAAAUGGUAUUCAGAGAAAAUUGUUUAUCUUUAAAACAAUGUUGUGUAUGGAAUGUGUGCGGAUGGUACUAAAAUGGUUGCAUUAGGUGGGUAAGUGUUGAUAUAAGAUUGCUUUUAAGUAACAGCCAACACAGAUUAUGAUAGAAAAGACACAUUUCUCUGUAUAACAUGUGUAAUGGUAUUAGAUAAGGCAGCUUAUAGUUAAAAGAAAAUUUUAAAUCUUCCAAAGCGAGACACAGGACUCUCGAAAUGUUACACGAGUGAAGUCGUAGUUAGAAAAGUUACCAAUUUAAAUUAUAUUUGUACAAAGAAGUUAAAAGUAUCUGCUUGAUAGAUUUUCUCGAGGUUUCACUGGAUUCGUUCAAAAUGUAUAACUGAAUGUUGUCAAUUAAACUUUGGAAACUAUUGUAGUGGUACUUUUGUAUGACACGUCUUCCAUUUCAAUUGUAUCCUAUAGUGUUUACGUAUAUAUUGUUAAAGUAAUGUAAUUAUCAUGUUAUGGUGACAUACUUGGUGAUGGCAAGCGAAGCAGGGCUUUGCUGGACGUUAGGUCGAGUGAUCAACUUAUUCUAAAACCAGACGAAUUUUAGUCUUUAUUAUUUGACUCCUAGCUAAAAACUACAAGAUAGUUAAGGAAGAACACCACUUGAAAGCCUAAAUUAAUAUAAUAUAUAUUGAAACUUUAUGGCGAGGGCUAAAUAUUAAUAAACUCGUAAUAAGCAACAAAUAUGCAUAUUUUUCAAUGUUGCAGUCCCAAAUCCCACUAAAUUUAGCCCUUUGAAUUGUUGCUAUGGAGAUUUUAUUCCUAUAAUAUUGUGCAUUAGAACUCGUUACUUCACGAAUUUUAUUGCUUACGUCACGGAUUUGGUCUGCUGUCUCUUUCGAAUACGUCUUGACUUGUAAAAUAUCAUCUACUAUUGGGGGUAAAUCAUCUCUCUCAAAACGUGCCAUUUUUGUCACGUCACAAAAGCUAAGUUCUUGUUGCAGAACGGAUCAUUGUAUUUAGGUUAUAAAAAAACGAGUAGAUAGGGAAACUAAACGCAUUUUCCCAUUGUUUUGAAUUGAAAGCAAUUGAUAUGGUUGUGGUAAAUAUGUAUUGUGUUCUUUUAUAUUGAAAAUGUCAAAUCGUUUAUUACAUUAUCUUUCUGUACCGUGUGUUUAUUCACUAUCAAUUAUGCAAAAAUCUCAUUGGAUAUCUAAAAUUAUAAGUAUAAAACUAGAGACUAGUUUAUAACAGCUCCAUCCGCUCUCGCGAUAAGGAAAUCUUUAGGCAGCAUCUCCACAAUAUAUGGGGACAUGUGUUUGUUAAGAACCAAUCGAAUCGCUUCCUUAUCCUAACCUGGCUCAGCGGAGCUCCUUCUCACAUCCCUGUGGAAAAGCAGCCUUACGGUCGCUUUAAUCCUUGAGCGAUUAACAUCUUAAUCAACAUUGAGUGGUCCAUCUUUUAAGAUAUUUAUAAUGAUUGGAAAUUUAAAGGUAACGUGUGGUUUGUGGUUGCUUUUAUCAAACACGUAGAUUCGCUAAAAACAAUUAUGUAGUUGCGUGCGAUAAACACUCUCAAAAUGAUAUUUCAGAAUGCAAAAAAACUAUUGAUUUUAACCAUCAUAUCAUACGUGUAGUAAAAUAAGACCAGUGUGUUAUCUACAUAAUUAAUAACGCUCAGUGGGUGAUGCAUAAUCCUGAGAUUUGACCGAAGAGAGGGGUGUUGACUAUACUUAUCUCCUGUUUUUAUUUUACUGUGUAAAAUGUAUUCUUAUUGACAACUGGAAAUGAAAUGGCGUAGUAAUAAUGUACAGAGCAGCUUUUCUACACGAUACUUCAGUAUUUUCUAAUAGAAUCGCACAAUUUACUAGUAGCGUUGUAACCUUACAUAAAUAACCAAGUUGUAUGUUCAAUAUUAAAUUUCAUUACAGUUAUUA